AUAUUUACUUACAAGACAAAAAACAUCAAGUUGGUUUAGUGAAUUCGACGCUUUAAUAAUUUAACGAUGUGUCUACCAAGUAUUGUACUUUAUUUCGCAUUUCUGCUUGUGGCUUCAUUCUCGGAACCUCAGGAUGAUUUUACGAAUGGCAAUGAGCAGAGCGACAACUCGACGGUACAGUCUGAUCCUCUCGUAAAUUCUACGAAAUAUCGAAAUGAAGAGAUAAGAUUGACAAGGUUUAAUUCACAGAAAAAUUCUAUUAAGAAUAACGAUAAAAUGCAACACGAAUCCUGUAUUAAUUCUACAAACAACAAUUGCAAGAAUGACUCGGUGCGAUACGAGUCUCGUGAUCAUAUAAUAAAAAAUGUAGAAGAUAACAAUCAGACAUCUAUGAAAUUUUAUGCGAAUUCGACAGAGAUCAAUGAUUUCACGUUACAAGAAAUUAAUAAAAAUCUCACCAAAACUGAAGACAAGAACGAUUCCAUAUCGUACAAACUCAAUUCCAACAGAAUAAUUGAAACUACUUUUGUUGAAUAUAGAGCGUGCAAUGAUAAUAUUACUUGUAUUCAGUUCUGUUGUCCUUUUGGUAACAUCUUGACGAUGAAGGGACGAUGCGUCUCUCGUAGAGAGGAUAAUAACGCUCUUCCAAGCAUGUAUGCUCUUCCAAACAUGUACGCUCUUCUAAACUUAAACGAACACGAGAAUGAUUCCGAGGAUGAAACAGUCGACGAACUAUUUUUGACUAUUCGCGAUCCAUGCGUUGCAAAAGGAUAUGAUCACGAAUUUUUUUUUCCCAAUACAUACUUGUUUCUCACCAAUGGCUCUUUGUAUAAUAAUCAUGAUGGCGAACACAUUUCACCAAAGUCUUAUUGCUUUGCCAUUAUGUUUCGGGACACAUAUGACGUGAUCGUCUGUGAUGAUCGGACUACACUUCCAGUAUUUGUAUCCCUGUGCCUCCUAUUGUCUUUACCGUUUCUACUGUUGACGUUCAUAAUAUAUUCCAUAUUGCCAGAAUUCCAGAAUAUCCAUGGUUAUACACUGCGUGCACACGUGGGUUCGUUAUUCAUCACAUACGUGAUUAUGUGUUUUGGCCAAGUUUUUGGAUUCGGCGAAGUGAAAUAUUGCGUUGCAUUAGCAUAUAUCUUCUACUUCUUCUUUUUGUCAAGUUUUUUUUGGUUAAAUGUAAUAUGCUUCGAUAUUUGGUGGACAUUUAGAAAUCUCCUUCCGCUCCGUCCGUACCGAACAAAAAUAAAGUCUAAAAAGAAGCUUAUAAUAUAUUCGAUCUAUGCAUGGGGAGUCACCAUCAUUAUCAACGUUAUCUGCGCCAUCAUGGAUUAUAUUCCCCUACCAGAAAAUUUGGUCCGACCAGAAAUGUGCGAAAAAAGAUUUUGGUUCGGUGAAAAUGAAGCAAAAACAUUAUAUUUUUACGUACCCAUAGGUGUUACUAUUAUCAGUAACAUUUAUUUUUUCAUCCGCACAACACUAACGAUUCUGUACCAGAAAAUACAAAUAGCUAAUCUGUUGAGGGACUAUGAGAUCAUCCGCCAUGAUGAAAAUAAGCAAAGGUUUAAUAUGUACUUGAAGCUGUUCGUAGUGAUGGGAAUAACUUGGGUUUUGGAGAUAAUGUCGUGGGUCGAUUUUGGUGCUGAUAUUGUACCACAGUUCAUCUGGUAUCCCGCCGACAUCGUAAACGCCUUGCAAGGUCUCACCAUUUUCAUCAUAUUUGUGUGUAGAAAAAAGACCCUGCAAACGCUAUUAAAACGAUUUGACUGGAAAUCUUGCGACCCAUUUAAGAUUCGAACAAGGAAUAUAGUCUCGAAUACUACAUCCACUAGAAGGUCCAGAACAAUACCCAUGCAACGAAUCAUUCGCUCUAUUUAACAGCUAAUCAUCUUGCAAAGUUCAAUUAGUUUCCUACUCAUAAAUGUUGCAAUGCAAAGAGAAAAUUCUAAUAUAGAUGAGAGUUAACAAUUAAUUAGCAGCAUAAUUUAAUUCUUCAGUCGAUCUUACGUAUGUACAUACAUGCUAUAUCAGAUUAUAUUGUUUUAUGUUGUUUUUGGUCUCUUUAGA